AUGUAUGUUCUUAACCUGAAAGAAGAAGAUUUACCAAGGCCCGCCAAAGUAUCAAUAGUAUUAAUCGGCUGUAAAGUUACUAUACCUAUACUUUGGGAAUUAGUUUUAGAUCAAGAAACUCAUAAUUAUGAUAAGUUGAGAAAGAAAGCAUUAUGUAUUCGAAUCUAUAUAUCAUGUAUGGAUACUCAAGCUAGAACUAUACUUACUCAAAAUAGAUUUGAUUUAUCAUCAUCACCACCUCAAGCCACUUUUGAUUAUCCAUCAUUUACUCAUAAAUUUAGAAUUGAUAAUUUAGUUUAUUAUAUUUUCUAUUCACAAAAAUCUAUUGGUUCAGAUAAAGACAUCACCAAAUCGAGAAUUUUAUUUCGUGAGAUAUGUAAAUUAAUAAUAAAUCGUUGCACAUUUUUGGAUUCUUUUAAUAUGACGGAUGCUCGCGAAGAUUUUUGUAAAAAAUUUCUAAAUAGUGAUUUAAUUGGUUCAAUCAUCAAGUUACCUAAUGCUCCGAAAGAAUUAAAGUCUGAUUCUCAAAUGAAAUUAUUAGGAAAACUAAUUAGUGUUCAAAAACGGUUAAAAAAUCUAUCAAUUAUUGGUGUUAGGUAUAUAAAUUGUAAUUCAUUAUUAUCGGUAAUCAUCAGUCAAAAUGAAACAUUGAAGAGUCUUCGUUUAAAAUCAGUAUAUUUCGAAGAGAAAUCGUUGCCAAUUGAACAAUUUACUUCACUUCAAGAAUUUUAUGUUGAAGAUUGUUAUAGAUUGGAUUGUUUGUCUUUUGCUUCAUUAUUUACUCAAUUAAUUAGUUUUCAUUUGACUAAUUUUUAUAAUAACAAUUUAAAUUAUUGUACAAAUAUUACCGAAUUAACUUUACCAGAUUUAAGUCUUAAACAAGUAAUAGAAAUAUUUAAAAAUAAUUUUAAUGAAUUAAGGAGAUUUUCAUUUAGUUACGGAGCAGAAACGGGUGCUGAUAAAUUAUUAUGCCAAUUGGCCGAAAGUGUACCGGAAUCACUUGAAACUAUUGAAAUUAGAAUGGGGAUAUUUAGUGCUGAUAGUUUAAGAUAUUUUUUUGAAGGAUGGUGUAGAGUAGAAAAUAAAAAGAUGAUGAUUGUAAAUCGUCAAGUAUUAAGUGAUGAACAUUGGAAAGUUAUUGAGGAAUAUGGAGUACAAUUUGAAAUGAAAUAUAUGAAACAAUAA